AUGACAGGAAAAAGAGUAAAACUUGUGGUGGUAGCGAAUGAAAAUUCUAGAGCUACAAGUUUAAAGAAACGAAGGUUAGGGCUGGUGAAAAAAGUGAGUGAAUUAACGAUACUGUGUGAUCUAAAAGCUUGUCUGAUCAUGGUGAACCCCAACGAAGCUGAGCCAAUGGUGUGGCCAUCUGUUGAAGCGGCUCGUGACCUCCUAGACGAGUUCUUUUCUUUGCCGGAGUACGAGAGGAGGAAGAAAGAGACGACGCUCGUGUCACACCUGAAGGAGAAGACCAAGAGGGUUCAUGACCAAUUGGCCAAGACUCAGAAGAAAAACAAAGCGUAUGAGACAUAUCAACUGAUGGUGCAACUACACGGUGAUCCAAGAAGUGCUGAUCUUAACCUGAAUAAGAUAUACAGAUUGAUAUCUUUUUCAAAGGAUAAGAUCAUGCAUUUGAGGACGAUACUCAAUUUCAUCAACCAUCUUCCUCUUCCUGAGCCACCGAUGAAUCCAUUCGAAGUACAGUACGAGGAGCGUAGGCGCACCACAAACGACACUUUCAUGAUAAGAGGCGAUCAAAACAAUGAAAGAGGUAAGAUACUUGAUGAGUUAGCGCGAAGAAUCAUUAACAAUGGUGCUUUAAGAGAAAAACGUACUCGUUACUUGCUGGAUCAAUGGGUUAUAUUUCCAUCUUCCGAACUUCAUGAAAUCCACCAACAAGUCGGGAAGGAAAUGGUAUCUUGCAACCAAAAUCCAAACCGUAGAUGCUAUCUUCCGUAUCAAGGAAGUUAUCAUUCAUACCAAGGGAGCAGCAGCAACGGAGUUUCUGAUCUGGAGAUGAACCCGAUGGGUCCACCAGUGAUGGCUUUUCAUGGUACGGUUAGUUCCUUCUCUCAACCAUUACAAUAUCAUCAUAACAUGAAUAAUAUCCCGAUCAUGGCUAUGAAUCAACCAAGGCAAUACCCAUUUGAGUUCACGAGCGGUGAGGUACAAAGCAGCAUCAACAUUGGCGGUUCACAGUUUUACAUGAGGAGCGACGACAGUCUCCGUCAAGAGCGACCAGUGGAUGAAGCAACCGCCAGGGAAGAUAAUGCUGAUGCUACGUCCUUUGAUAUCAUUAGGGAUUGGGCGAUAUUUAAUAGCAACCAUCAUUUCUAA